CAGCGUUAGAGAUCAAACCCCAUCUUCAUAAUUCCACCGCGACAUCAGCACCGUUGAUUUUUACAGUUGGAAGAUUUAUUCGUAUACUAUUUGCCAUUGAGGACCACUUUCACGACGAACGCAGCAUUCAGUCGCUUCGUUCCUUCAAUCCCUUGUAGUUCCUGUGCUCAUCGACUUACUUCCACACCGACUUGAUUUAUUGUCACGACUUUGAGGUGGCUUGCGCGCGGUUAUUUUCACGUAAGUACACGCAACGUUAGCGCAUUUCUCUUUCUGUAUUAAGUAUUCUGCUUAAGCUUAUUUCUCUCGUCUACUCGACUCGUAAUUUUUCCUUGCUGUUCACUUCUAGCUUGUCGAAAAAUCCCUUUAAGUAGGUUCAUUUCCAAAAUGCAACGUCGCUCUUGUUCGCUCGGGCCGUUCGGCUCAAAAACUGCAGUCCGUUUGGUGUCUUUAAGCCAG